UCCGACGCCGCUACUCACUUCUCGACGUCUCCAGGCAGCCCUGCUCCAGCCACAAGCUCUGUACGCCAGUUUGGUGGUGGUGGACCCUAGCCGGCCGUGCUCGAGCGACUCCCUGUGGCUCGCGUUCUACAUCAGUGUGAGGGACUGCGAUGGCGCAUCCACGGGUGGCGGCGCUGGGGAUCGACCUGGGGACGACGUACUCGUGCGUCGCGGUCGUUCUGAAUGGGAAGGUCGAAGUGGUGGCCAACGACUUCGGCGCCAGAACCACGCCCAGCGUCGUCGGCUUCAUCGACGGGGAGGAGGCGGAGCUGGUGGGUGACGCAGCGGCCAGCCAGGCCCACCGGAACCCCGAGAACGUCGUGUGGGACGCCAAACGGAUGGUUGGGAGGCCGUUCAGCCGACUGCAGCCUGAUGACGUCGCGAGGUGGCCCUUCUCAGUCGCCGCGGCGGAUAAAGACAAGAUACUCAUCCGAGUGACUCACAAUGACAUCUCGAAAAGUUUCUCUCCAGAAGAGAUAUCUGCUAAAGUCGUGAAGAAGAUGAAGGAUGUGUCUGAAGCGUUCCUGGGGUACCCCGUCAACCAGGCGGUCAUCACGGUGCCGGCGUACUUCAACUCAGCUCAGCGAGCUGCCACCAGGAAAGCAGGGGCCCUGGCCGGGCUGACGGUUCACCGCACGGUGCCUGAGCCCUCUGCGGCCGCGCUGGCCUACGCCAUGCAGCAGAUGAGCAACACCACCAGACGGGUCCUGGUGUACGAUCUGGGCGGCGGCACGUUUGAUGUCACGGUGGCCAACGUCAGAGGCUGUCUAGUCACUGUGCGGGCAGUCGGAGGCGAUUCGCACCUUGGUGGGCAAGAUUUUGACAACAGAAUCUUCGACCACAUUGCAAAAGAGAUCGAGAGGAAGACGGGGCGCCAAGUUGCCGGGAACCCACGGAAGGCGCGCCGCCUCCUCACCAUGUGCGAGCGGCUGAAGCAAGACCUGUCCGCCGUGACGCGGGCGGAGCUCGACGUGUUGCCGCUCAUCGGCGAGGAACUUCCCAUCGCCAUGACCCGGGCCAAAUUCGAAGACCUCACCAGGGACCUCCUCAACCGAACCAGGGAUGCGGUCGCGGACGUCCUGCAGUCCAUCAAUAUGGAUGUGGAUGCCAUCGACGAGGUCGUCUUGGUCGGAGGGUCCACGAGGAUGCCCGCGGUGCACCGCCUGCUCGCGGACUUCUUCCCGGGCACGAACAUCAACAAGAGUCUGAACCCGGACGAAGCGGUCGCGUACGGCGCUGCCGCUCUGGCUGCCCGCCUGGCGGGAGACAGGACGCAGUACCUCGCCGGCGUCCUGGUCAACGACGUGACUCCCAUCAGCUUCGGCCUCGGUGAGGAGGACGGUGGGUUCAGCGUACUGAUACCGCGAAACACUCCAAUACCCUUCUCGUGCUCCAGGCUGUACCUUACGGUGUAUGACCACCAGGACGUCCUCUCUUUGAAGGUGUAUCAAGGCGAGAGGACCGUUGCUUCGAGGAACGCCUUCAUCGGCGAGUACAGAGUCGAGGACCUGCCGCGGCGCGAGGCCGGCCUCGAGGUGGAAGUGCGCCUGUCCAUCGACAGCGAUGGCGUGCUCACCGUCGAGGCCAGGCAUCCCGUCACCCGAGUGUGGGGCGGGUGCACUGUGCAGACGGUAGACUGUACGGCGUUCGGGGAGCAGGUUCCUGCAGGAACACCUGAGGUAAAGGCCGACGACGAGGUUACUGACAGGCACGAGCUGGCUCGUCUCGGGGCACGGUUCCGGUUGUCGAAGUAUCUCCAUGAUUUGGCAGAACGUAGGGACACCGAUGAUCUUCCAAUCGCUGUGGUAAACGAGAUCAAAGCCACUCAGACGUGGAUGGAUGCAGGUCAAUAUUCGAAGAAGGAUUAUGUCACAAAAUUUGCCGCACUGCGAAGACUUCUCCCUGGUAGUGGCCGAAGAGCAGCUGCCAUUGCCAACAAGAAAUUUAUAAAAUAAUUCCUUUGAAUUUUUAACUUUAACUGAACUGUUGUUUCACUUUUAUUUUACUUCUUUGUAACAAACUAAUGAGGCCAUUAAUAUGAUCUGUUGUGCCAAGUCUCGAGGAUAAAUUCUAUUUGAAAACAAUUAAGACGGAACUGAUCUCUUGUUUCACUUUUAUUUUACUACUUCUUUGUGACAAACCAAUGAGGCCAUUAAUAUGAUCUGUUGUGCCAAGUCUCGAAAAUAAAUUAUAUUUGAAAACAAUUUA